AUUACAUUUCCUUUUGCUCUUUCUUCUACUCUAUUCCUUUCUAUUUAAACAAACUCUAAUGGAAAACAUACCAUUCUACAUUCAAUACCUUCACAACCAACCUGUAAAGGUUGAAACUCAUUAUAUCGGCGAACUAGAAAGAAGAAGGCCACUGACUGACGUUGGUGGCCUGGUUGCAGCAGUCAAACAAGCACUUCCAUCGAAACUUGGUGCUAUAGACCCUGACGAGCUCACCAUCCAUUAUGUGGUGAAUGGGGUGGAGACCAACUACAACUCCUGGGACCCCAUUUCUGCUCUCGGAACAAAUGGGACUGUUGGAUCCAAUCCACUUAUCAUCAAGUCCAGCAGUCGUAUGGCUGGUCAAACUCAAGACACUGCCAUGGAUGUCGAUUAUUCUCUAGAAGCCGUCUACAAAAAUCUUCGUCAACUGAUAAAAUUGGAUGAAGGCAAAAAUGUUUUUUCCACUCAAGACUCGAUGGAGGACAUUGCUUUGGACCAAGGCAUUCUAAACCUUGAUAUUCAAGGCAUUAAUGGAGUUCCCAAUUUCCUGUACUCGGAAAAGAUAUAUUCCGACGAAGAGAAAAUUGAGAUCGAAAUGCCAGUCGACAGGCUGCUUCAAUUCAGCUAUAGAAACAUUGUCAUGAUCGGUGUCAGUGGAUGCGGAAAGACAAGAACCUGCUACGAUCUAUGUCGACAUUAUUGGGGACUGUAUUUCGACUGCUCGAUUGAUCCUGAUUUCACUGCGAUGACUGAGAAGUUGGCACAGUUGGCACCUGCCAAAAAAACAGAGACGAGUCAACCAGAAUUUGAACGCCAAUCUAAAAGACUGAUCCAGUGUUUGAUUUCUGCUCGUAUAUUUGUUCUGAAAACGCUCCAUGAAACAAUUCCCGAUCUUGAUUCUUUUACAUGGCUAUGCAUUCAAAGAAGUAGACGAACUGGUGGGCUUUUUUGUAGAGUAUUCGAGCAUCUAUCUGAGCUUCCUUGGUCUGCGUUUGGUAAAGUCUAUCAAGAGUUGAGACUAUGGUUCCUAAAAGACGGUCGCGUUAUAUUUGACGAAUCACAGCAUAUGUUAAGUCUUUUAAAGUCGGGCUAUCGUUCAACAAAAUCACAUCAACAAUCCAUCACUGCUGGAGAGUUUGAUUUUCCUCGGUCGCUGUUUUCGUUUUUGACCAGGACUAUUAUCCAAGAUGGCUUCAACAAUAUAUGGUGCGGAACACAAAUGCGAAUCUGCACCAUGGACUUGAUAUACUCUUCUGCUGGACUCAAACCAGAGGACGUAUUUGUAUUCACCGACUUCAACUACUUGAAACCAUCCGAGAUUUUCAAACUACUAUCGAUGUGGUUAAGGAUCGAUAUAUCAAAGAAUAUUGAUCUUCUUCAAGAAAUCUCACAUUCUCUUCAAGGUCGCCCGAGGCUUGUUACUUCGUUCCUACACAAAUUGAUCAACUCGACUGACAUCGAUGGCUGUUAUCGUGGUUAUAUAGAAGAAAUGACGACAAAAUCUGGCAUGUAUUCGCCCCAUUCAUCAUUUUACUGUUUCUGGAAGGACCGAAUUGACUGGAGUAUCAAACCCAUUAAAAAUGCCGACUCUUGUGCUGCUGAAACUAGAUCGGUAUCGGAGAUACUUGUCAAAUUGUGUAUUUCGUUUUCGUUUGGUGAUGGUUCGAGUAUGUCGUAUUCGCCAGAGCUUGAUUUGGUUCAAACAGGUCUUGUAAUGGUUUCAAAAGUGAUUGGCGGAUGGCACGCUAGAAUGGCAGAACCCAUUGUUCUUACUGCAGCAGUAAACUAUUUUGCAGACAAAAAUACUCCAGUAUUAAUGGACUACUUUGCCAAUCAGCUGUUUUCACCUGUAGGAGUACCAAACUUGUCAUGUUCAGAAAGGGGAUAUAUGAUGGAGUAUGUAAUUGCUCUCCGAUUCAUACAAGGCUGGUGGUUACAACCUAAGCUGAGAGAGUAUCUACCUCAAUGGGCUAUAAAUUUGAAUAUCACAAAACCCAUUGGAGUGAUUGAUUGUCGCUCCAAUAAAUCGGAUGUCAAUAUGUUUGUACAACAACUUCGUAGAACUAACUUUCCGUGGAUUGUUUUUCCACCGGCCAAUGCUGGACCUGAUUUGCGAUACUCGGUUUUCAGCUGCAAUAUCAAAACGACAUCAACGCGAAGCUCCGAUUCAGCAAUGUACGUUGGCGUUAAUGAAUGCAGGAAGAAUAUUGAAACAAUGGAUCCUAAAAAUUGGUACAAGUCGCAGAUCCCAGUUCAAGAUCAAUUCAAAAACGAUAUCAUCAAGUCAAAGUUUAUCCAUAUGCGAUUUGAAUUGCCAUAUACAGCGCCAUCGAUGAAAUCUGGUUUCGAAAGUGGUGAGGACGGAGACAAUUACAUAAUAUGUGUCGAUCUGGAUUCUGAUUUUGCGACUAAUUUUUUUGGAAGUUCUUUUGUGAACAAUCUGCUAAAGUGGCUUCAACCUUGCAAGACCUGUAAGCGGCGCAACACGAACAGUGCUCCUGCUAUUGAUACAAGUAUCGAGCGAUCUUCCAAAAAACAAAAGAUCAACUGCGAGGUUGACGCAGAUUAA